CUCGCCUUUGAUAUCAUUGUGACCUCUGUUGAUAUCCGUGGAGCAGUAGGUGGUGCUCCGCCCCUGACGAUCAGAUUUCCCCCGUUGAUGAUCGAUCCCUCCUCAUCCACACCCCGCCCCGAGUAUUCGUCUUCCCCCGCGUUAUGAAGCACCAUGGCCGACCCGAGCAUGUAUAACUCUCUCGGCCAAGGCUCGGUGCCUGGUGACACCUCGACAGAUCCCAACCGUACGGCUCAUCAGCUUCCACCACAAGGCUAUUCUGCUGCCGGUGUUCCUCCUGGUCCUUCCCCUCCUCAACCUGGUGCUAUGUACGGAGCCCCUCAACAACAACAAUGGUCCGGAUACGGAGCUCCGCCGCCGACACAGCAGCCCCUGCAACCGGCUCACGCUCAAUUCCCUUACCAAGCAGAUCCGAUGGCUGCUAGAGGGGUCUCUCCAGACCCAGCGAUGGCUGGACUAGCAUCGCAGAUGAGUGGGUUGGGCAUAAUGGGGAGUGAUGGAGGGGCUCGGACAUCGAAGAAGAAGCACCGUCACGCACAUCAUGAGAUCGCAGGAGCUUCGGCUUCGGUUUCGCAACCGCUCGGCGCAGUGCCCCAGGCUGGAAUUCCCCCGACAUCGCAAUUCUUGAACACGGGGUUGAACCAAACCCAACGUCCUAUUUCCCCGGCAGCCAGUAUCCCUGCGCCGGUGAACCCGGCAUUGGGGGAUGCUGGUGUCGGCGCUGUGCCCACGCAGGGCAAGAUUGACCCAGAGCAGAUCCCAAGCAUCCCUCGAUCUCGCGACCUUCCGGCUCAAUAUUACUUCAACCACGUGUACCCGACGAUGGAACGGCACCUUCCUCCUCCGGCAGCAGUUCCUUUCGUGGCGCACGACCAGGGCAAUUCCUCCCCGAAGUAUGCUCGUCUCACAUUGAACAACAUUCCUUCAACAUCUGAUUUCCUCUCUUCCACCGCACUGCCCCUGGGCAUGAUCCUGCAACCACUAGCCCGUCUCGACCCCGGCGAGCAACCGAUCCCCGUGUUAGAUUUUGGCGAUGCCGGACCGCCGCGAUGCCGUCGGUGCAGAACAUAUAUCAACCCGUUCAUGUCGUUCAGGUCUGGAGGCAAUAAGUUUGUCUGUAACAUGUGCACAUUCCCCAACGACGUAACAGCGGACUAUUUCGCGCCUAUCGAUCCCUCCGGGUCUCGUGUUGAUCGCAUGCAGCGUCCGGAGUUGAUGAUGGGGACUGUCGAGUUCCUGGUCCCCAAGGAUUACUGGAACAAGGAACCCGUCGGUCUCCAGUGGCUCUUUUUGAUUGACGUCAGCAUGGAAUCAGUCAACCGGGGCUUCUUGAAGGGCGUUUGCAAGGGAAUAAUGGAAGCUUUGUACAGCGAAGAGCCUUCGGAAAACCCUGAAGACGAGUCUUCGGGGCGAAGAAUCCCUGAAGGCGCAAAGGUUGGCAUUGUCACCUACGACAAGGAAGUUCAUUUUUACAAUCUGAGUGCACAACUCGAUCAAGCCCAGAUGAUGGUGAUGACGGAUCUGGAAGAGCCCUUCGUCCCUCUCAGCGAGGGUUUGUUUGUUGACCCAUACGAGUCCAAGAAUGUCAUCACCUCUCUGUUGCAGCGGAUACCCACCAUUUUCUCCCGAGUGAAGAACCCACAGCCAGCGUUGCUUCCUGCCUUGAAUGCCGCACUCUCUGCAUUGCGACCUACUGGCGGUAAGAUAAUCGGCACAAUUGCCAGCCUCCCUACAUGGGGCCCUGGCGCCCUGUCACUCCGUGAUGACCCCAAGGUUCAUGGAACCGACGGUGAGAGAAAGCUGUAUACGACGGAACAUACGGGAUGGAGAGAAACCGCAGGCCAUUUGGCUGAGGCGGGUAUUGGCGUCGACAUGUUCAUUGCAGCGCCGAGUGGCACGUAUAUGGAUGUUGCGACGAUCGGUCAUGUUCCCGAGGUGACAGGUGGAGAAACAUUCUUCUACCCCAACUUCCAUGCGCCCCGCGACAUCCGCAAGCUGUCUCAGGAAUUGACCCAUACGGUCACGCGCGAGACAGGAUACCAGGCUCUGAUGAAGGUCCGGUGCUCCAAUGGCCUUCAGGUGUCUGGAUAUCAUGGCAAUUUUGUGCAACACACGUUUGGUGCCGACCUCGAGAUCGGUGCAAUCGACGCCGACAAGGCGAUUGGCGUCACAUUCAGCUACGACGGCAAGCUUAAUCCGAAGCUGGAUGCUCAUUUCCAGGCUGCUCUUCUAUACACCUCAGCUAAUGGUCAGCGUCGGGUGCGGUGUAUCAACACUGUAGCGGCAGUCAAUGAGGGUGGGCUAGACACCAUGAAAUUUAUAGACCAGGACGCGGUAGUGAGCAUGAUGGCUAAAGAGGCGGCCUCGAAAACGGUGGACAAACCCCUCAAGGAUAUCCGGGCCAGCAUUACGGAGAAGACAGUCGACAUUUUCAGCGGAUACCGCAAGAUCUUCUCCGGCUCGCAUCCUCCGGGUCAGCUGGUGCUGCCGGAAAACUUGAAGGAGUUCUCGAUGUACAUGCUAAGUCUCCUCAAGUCACGCGCCGUUAAAGGGGGCCAAGAGGCGUCUGAUCGGCGGAUUCAUGACAUGCGGAUGCUCCGAUCCAUCGGCUGCACGGAGAUGUCUUUGUACCUGUACCCCCGCAUCGUCCCCAUCCACAACAUGCAGCCGACGGAUGGGUUCCCCAACGAACAGGGUCAACUCCAAGUGCCCCCCUCACUGCGGGCCAGCUUCUCGAAAAUCGAGGAGGGCGGGGCGUACCUGGUGGACAAUGGCCAGCAGUGUCUGCUGUGGCUGCAUUCGCAGGUGUCACCCAACCUCCUGGAAGAUCUGUUCGGUGAGGGCCAGAACUCGCUGCAAGGGUUGAGUCCCCAAACGUCGACGAUUCCCGUGCUGGAAACGCACCUGAAUGCCCAAGUGCGCAACCUGCUCCAGUACUUUUCAACCAUUCGGGGCUCGAAGGCGGUGACCAUCCAGUUGGCCCGCCAAGGACUCGACGGUGCUGAAUACGAGUUCGCUCGGAUGUUGGUGGAAGACCGCAACAACGAGGCACAGAGCUACGUAGACUGGCUGGUACACAUCCAUCGACAAAUCAACUUGGAGCUGGCGGGGCAACGCAAACGCGACGAUGCCGUGGGAGAGGGUGGUUUGACCAGUCUGGCAGGCUUACGAACGCCUUAUUGGUAAAGCACCCGAGGGGUAGUAUCUACGACCCGACGGAGGGGGGCAAAGAGAUUGAAAUUGGUCCAUGUCCGACAAGGAUGAGGGGAAAGUUGUUUGGGAG